AUGAAAUUUCAGACAAUUUUGCUGAAGAAUUUCUACCGUUCUCGUGGCAUUUUCCAUCCAGAUCAGUCAAAAGAGGAGUCACAGAGUGAAUUUGAUGAGUUUUUCCGUGAAGUUUAUCUGGAAAUAGACGAAAAAUAUGGUGCAAUUGAAGCAAUGAACGUUUGCGAUAACUCGGGCGAGCACAUGCUCGGGAACGUUUACAUCAAAGUAAGUUGCGCCUUCUAA